UCUUCUCCACACAAACCCGAGCGGUCAACUCAUAACGUUGUUACAAAUGUAGAGAAAACACAAACAGGUUUUGUUUGGUUUUGUUUUUUCUAAUUGGAUGCACUCCUUCUGUUCGUGAGGACUAGAACAAGGUGAAGCAGAGGAUUAAGAAAACGACAGCAACGAGGGGAUUUGGGACGAUACAAGGACACAUUUCUUCUCUAUAAAUACGAUGGUGAUGUUUGUUUGAUUCGAGGCCAGCCUGAAGAUUUGAAUAAGAAUGACGGUCCUUGUGAAGAAGGUGCAGCAGUUGCUCUCCAUCCUGCUGCCGUGUGUACUCCAGCUCUGCUGCGCUCAGACUCAAGGAGUGACCGUUUGUGAUGGCACCAAGAACUUUCUGAGCACGACUGGAAAUUCAGAGAUCCAGUACAACUUGAUGAAGACGAGGUACAAUAACUGCGACAUUGUGAUGGGCAACCUCGAGAUCACCAUGAUGGACCACACCAGAGACUUGAGCUUUCUGGAGUCUAUCAAGGAGGUGACAGGGUACAUCCUUUUUGCUGUCAAUGAGUUCAGCCGCCUCCCACUGGACCACCUGCGCAUCAUCAGAGGCAGCACACUGUAUGAGGACCAGUAUGCCUUGGCUGUCAUGGCCAACUAUCAGAGGGAUGGAGAGCAUGGCCUUCAAGAACUGGGCCUGACUCACCUCACAGAGAUCUUCAGGGGAGGAGUGAAGAUCAUCCAGAAUAAGUAUCUGAGCUACGCCCCGCAGGUGAACUGGCUGGACAUAGUGAAGGAUGAAACAGCCCAAAUUAUGAUAAAGGACAAUGGGCCUGAAAAGCCUUGUCACAAUGCCUGUGGAGACGUGCCAUGCUGGGGCCCAGGAAAUGACACAUGCCAGAUCUUGACAAAGAGCGUGUGCGCCCCUCAGUGUAGUGGCCGCUGCUUUGGUAGAAACCCGAGCGAGUGCUGCCACGUUGAGUGUGCUGGAGGUUGCACUGGGCCCAAGGAUACAGACUGCUUUGCCUGCAGGAACUUCAACAACUCGGGCUCCUGCGUGCCUCAGUGCCCACAGACUGUGAUCUACAACAAGCUUACAUACAGAAUGGAGCCCAACCCCAAUGCCAAGUACCAGUACGGCUCUAUUUGUGUGACCCAAUGCCCCAUAGAAAACUUUGUGGUGGAUGGCAGUUCAUGUGUGAGCAACUGCCCAUCUAAUAAAAUGGAAGUGGAGAAAAAUGGUGUGAAAACAUGUGAGCCCUGCAAAGGCCUCUGCCCUAAAGUUUGCCAUGGCACAAGCUGGACUGAUUCAAACAGGGAAACGGUCGAUGCUCGCAACAUAGAAAGUUUCAUAAACUGCACUAAGAUCCAGGGAAGUCUUAACUUCCUGGUGACGGGAAUAGAAGGUGAUCCCUUCAACAGCGUACCACCCCUUGAUCCAGAAAAACUGAAAAUCUUCAACACGGUGGAGGAGAUUACAGACUUCCUCAAUAUCCAGUCGUGGCCUGCAAGCAUGUCUGACCUGUCAGUCUUCUCCAACCUCCAAACAAUUCGGGGAAGAAAACGUUACAAAGGAGUGAUUAGUAAAAGGAGCUAUGCACUCCUGGUGGUUAAGAUCAAUUCUCUGACCUCGCUGGGGUUGCGCUCGCUGCAAAACAUAAAUAAUGGUGCCGUGUACAUUAAAGGAAACAAGAAUCUCUGCUAUCAUGAUACUGUCAACUGGACACGGCUCUUAGGCUCCCGUCCACAGAAACAUUCAAAGCUCUUAGCCAUCACCAACAACCAAAAGAAGGAUGAAUGUGUUAAAGAAAAUCAUGUGUGUCACCCGCUGUGCUCCUCUGAUGGCUGCUGGGGUCCGGGCCCAGACCAGUGUGUCAGCUGUAAGAAAUACAGCAGGGGAGGAACCUGUGUACCAGACUGCAUGUUCUUAACUGGGAAGCAGAGGGAGUUUGCUACUAAGUCAGGGGAGUGUCUGCCCUGUCACCCUGAGUGUAAGGUCCAGGAAGGGAAGGAGACGUGCACAGGCCCGGGAGCAAAUAAAUGUCUAGCUUGUGCCAGCCUGAAGGAUGGCCCACACUGUGUCUCCAUGUGUCCUGAGGGUGUUAGGGAGGCAGGAGGGAACCAUCUUUAAAUAUCCAGACAAGCGGGGGCAACUGUAAACCUUGCCACAACAACUGUAUCUAGAGUUUGCAGAAAUUCACAAACCACCAACUUUCCGAACAGCAGAUGGGAUUGCGGCGUCGCCACUGAUACCAGCAGAAUCUGCAGAUUUCUGUCAAUGAAACGAUUCCUUUGUGCCAUACAUGGGUACUGCUGCCACUCAUACACCAGUCAUAGUGCAACACGCUGUGCAUCCGCCCUACCAACUUAUCAGCACGUAUCCAGCAUCUGCCGUAACCAUGAGUUAGAUCCUUUGGUUUUUGUGGCCUUAUAUUCCCAUUGAUUUCCUCUCACCGGGUUUGGUUUCAUAUUUACCAGUAAAGAAUGAUUUAUUCCUUUAUGCCCUCUAACGGCAGGUUUCGCACCACAGCUCACUAUGGUAAGGCAAAGAUUUCGUCGUAUAAUGUCUUCUUUUGAUUUUUGCCCGUAUACUUGAUUCAUAUUUGGUGGUAGAUUUCUUCAGUUCUCUUUAGGGUUUAAAGAAACUUUGAUGUAGACUGUAUCUGUGAAACAAUCAGUGCAGAGAAAAAAAUGAUUCUGAUGAUUCAUUCUGUAUCGUUAUAGUUACACAAGUAGAUUUAAAAAAAUGUUGAAGACCAUGUUUCAAUGCUGAAUGCAUGGAGACAUCUGUAUGUGAUGUAAGAAACCAAAAUCCUGCUGUAUUAUGAAUAAACCCAUUUUCUGAAUGA